CUUUAAACUGCACUGAUCGAUUUCAACAUUCGAUUGAUGAGAUCCUCACCUGACUAUCUGUGACGGAUAUGCAAAUGGCAGCCACUCCUUCUACUCCGUCUGUGACGUAGCACGGCAUAUCGUCAGCUCGACACCCCGUAGUACAGAAAGAACGAAGGAGCCGUUGUGCGCUCAAGUUGUUCCUUACAAGUGAUGGACCAGCAGUUCAAUCAGGAGUGCAUCGAGGAGCACAACAGAGUCCGCAGUUUACAUGGCUGCCCUCCUCUGGAACUGGAUGUGGAUUUGGCUCAGCGAGCGCAAGCGCACUGUGAGAAAAUGGCGGCCAACAAGCUGAUGCAUCAUCGUCUCGAAUUCGGUCACGGGGAAAAUCUGUGCAUGUGGGAGGGGAAUCAUCCUAUACAACUCAAUGGGAAGCAACUCACUCUGCGAUGGUACGGUGAAAUUAUUAAAUUUAACUUUGGUCAGGAGAAACAGCAUUCAUCCGGUAAUUUUUCUCAAAUUGUCUGGAAAAGCACACAACGUGCUGGAUUUGGUCGACAAGUAACAGCCAAUGGAUGUGGAAUCUACAUUGCCGCCUAUUAUGCACCGUGUGGAAACAUCGUCGGUCAAUUCAGCGAAAAUGUACCACCCCCAAUUAACGGAGUAAUGUAUGUCCCAACUGAUGAAGAAAAGGGAUGGUGAAGUGGGCUAACUAAUUGAUCUGCUAGUUGCUUGCAGUGGCCCCCAUGGAUAGACUCACUUUUCUGCACAAUUAAUGUCUAGUUGUUUCUCUCGGGGGCACAUUUAUUUCUUUUUUUCUAACUCAGUGCACUCACUUCUGUACUUUAGUUUCCACGCUUCAUUUCACAUUCUGAUUCUUUAUCCUUUCUGGCACAAUGGAACCAAUAUUUGUUUCGAAAGGAACAUACAUGUGUGGAGAUUGUUC